AUGUCAUCUACUAAUAAAAACAUCGAUCAGUUAUCCAAUGAGGCCAAAUCCUCAACUGAAAAUCAAUUAAUGCCUAAAUGGCAAGAUGUUGCUAAAGUUAUCAAAGAAAUAGUUAUAGUAGCAGAUUAUUGUGGAAAACCUAGAGAUGGAAAAUUUAUACAAGGCUAUAAAAAGCAAUACAGGAAUUUAUUUGAAUACGCAAAAAAUAGAUUCCCAAAUAAAAAAAAAUAUAUGGAAAUGAAGGAGCAAUACAAACAAUGGUAUAGAUUCGAACCUAGACUAUUAAAAGCUAUUGAAGAUCUUAAUUGUUUAUAUUACAAGUUAGCAAAACCACAUUUCAAAGAUUUAACUAAAAUUCGAAGUGAAAUUGAUCAAGUCUGCAAAUUACAGCAGGAUCUAGUUUUAAAAGAAGAUUAUAUUAAAUAUCUCGAAAAAGAAAUCUUAAUUCGAGAUGAGGAUCUAGACCCAUUGCGAUUAGAAAUAUCUAAUCUUAAAGAACAGUUAGAAAAGAUGCUUCAAAAUUCUAUAAACCAAGAGAAUUAUAUAGAUUAUUUAGAAAAACGAUUAGCAAUUUUUCAAGAUGAAAUAGACAAGCUUAAUGAAAAAAUAUUUGUUUUAUAUAAAAAUUCCAAUGAUACUAUAGAAAUGGUGCAACCACCAGGAUCCUCCCGAACAUUAUCUCUUCCUGAAAAUCAAGCCACAAUCCAGAAAUGUAGAAUUACACGAGAGGCUAAUAGCAUUAGAGAAUAUUUUGAAAGCCCAAUUACAAUAGCACCUUCAUUAGAUGAUAUUAAUGAAAAUCUUGAUAUAAUUUCUGAUGCCGGAGAAAGGUUUGAAAGAUUGGUGCUACAAAUAUAUCCACGAGCAAAUGCUCGAGCAAUUAAUGCAGAAAAUCGAGUAGCAAAUUUGCAGAACCAGCUAAUAACUUUGCAAACCCAGUUAACCAAUUCCCAGACCCAGUUUGCCGAUUCACAAACCCAGUUAGCUAUGCUUCAAAAUGACUAUGAUCUUCUUCAUCAGGCUUAUGAGGCCCACAGAACACAACAUAAUAUAUUUAAAUCUCGAGAGCUUGAUGCUUCCAGAGAAAAACAAAGUCUUGCCUCAGAGAAGCGCAUCUUUGAAGCAAAGCCAAAACAAGUAUCUCAAGUUGAUCUUAAUACUGAAGCAGUUAGACAAUUUAUAGAUAUUAUGAAGCAAGCUAAAAAAACUUUAAGUAAAAAGCCUGGUCCUGGUAAAGAAAAAGCAGACAAAAUUCAUAUAGAUCGAUUCUUAAAUGACCUUGUAAAAGAUGAUCCUGAUCCUGAUCCUAAUAGUUUUUAUGAUGAUGAUGAUCCUAUUGAAGAUAUUCAUGAAUCAUCUUCAGAAUCUAGUAGUGAAAAUGAUAAUACAACAUCUAGCGAAAAUGAACUUGAAACUAAUACCUUGUCAUAUUCACAAAGCAAAUUAGAAUCUUCUGAAUCAUCUGAAAGUGAGUCUAGUAAUUCAGAAAGCGAUUCAGAUGAAUAUGAAGUCAAUGCUACAAAAAAAAAAAUAAGUUUUUCUAAUACCAAAAGCUCAAAGAAGCGCAAAAGUGCUAGAUCAAAAACUUCUAGUAAAAAAUCUAGUAACACUUCUUCUGAUAAAAAGAGCAGUAAAGAUAUUAGGUUACUUAAAAUUCCUACAGAUAAUAUUAGCCUAAAUGCAUUUUUCGCUAUUUUACGAUCAAUGGUUAAUUCAUUUACUCGUACACAACCUAAAGAAGUAUCUAUUAAUGGAUAUAAUAUGAUUAAUGCCGAAUUCAUUGCACUAAACGAUCCUGUUCUAAAUCAUUUUACUUCAAAUUUCUCAGACAAAGAACGAGAAAAGUUUUGGAAUGAAAUUACUAUGGUAUUUUCUCAUAUUUUACAACCAAUAUCUGAUCUAAUUCGAAUUGCUGCCCAGCAAGCAAAUACACUAUCCCAAAAGACUCCAGAAGAGAUGCAACCAGAAGCAGAAAUUUCAUGGCCAAAUCCUAUAGAAAUUAAUUUUAUUCGUAAAAUUAUUCCUAAUGAUAUUGCAACUAUUACUUGCCAAAUUACUUCACCAUCAGGAAAAAACAUUCAAGUACCUGGUGCAUUAAUAGAUAGUGGAGCAAACUGCUCUCUUAAAUCAAAAGGUCUUGCAAAAUUAUUAGGAAUGAAUAUUGACAAAAAUAAAAAACCUUCAGUAAAAUGA